GCCUGGCAGGGCGGGGGCCCGGGGGCGGCGGGGGCCCGGGGUGCCGAGGCGGGGUGGGUGUCACUGCCCCCCAGGGGCACGCGUGGGGCGGGUGGCGCGGUCCGGGGGAGCCCCGCGCCCCCUCACCCGAGGGUCCGGCAGCAGGAGCCGCCAGGCGAGGCAUGGAGCCCCCUCCCGAGAGCCCAAGGGACACCCCGAGCGUGGCGGACGCUGCUGCCGAGUUCCUGAGCCUCAUCGGGCUGAAGGAGCUGGAGUGGUGCCUGUUCGCUGAGACGCUGGCAGUGGUGGCCGUGGGGGCCCCACCAAGGGACAAGGCAGAGGGCCAGUGGUGGAUGGCAGCCCAGUGGGCACCCUACCAGCGGGAAGGUGAGCCGGUGCAGAGCUGCAUCCUGGUGCAAACCAGGUUCCGAGGCAAGCGGGAUGGUGUGCCUGCCUCCAGCAGCCUCAAAGCCUAUGUGACCUGGCAGCUGGAGACCCUGGAGCAGGAGGAGCAAGAGCGCCUGGAGCUCAGACCACACCCCACCGAGAAGACGACCCACAUCGUGAGCCACCAGCACGGGAUGACGGUCACGAAGACCCUGCAGGAGGGAGAGGCAGAGCCACAGUGCCACAGCUUCUCAUACAGCCGGGCCAAGCUGCGGGCGCGGCUGCUGGAGGGUGCCAGCCUCCUGCUGCUGCGGGUGCUGGCCCGCCGGCAGACAAUGCCCCCCGACCUUGUCUUCCCGGCCAUCAACAGCGAGGGCGACCUGUGCACCUGCAGCUAUUCUGCCCUGGGCAUCCAGCGGCAGGCGGUGGGCUCGGCAGAGACAGAGGUGUUUGUGAUCGAGCGAGCCGUGCACGCCAGCACAGGCGCCACCGCCGUGUGGCACAGCAGCUUCCUGCCCAGCGGCCGUCUGGCUCAGCUGAUGCAGAUUGGCUCCCCAGUGCUGAUGCUUCUACAGGAUGAGUCCAUCCUCAGCAAGUCAGGUUUGAGCCCCAGCUCCCCUUCCCCAAAGAACCCCUGGACUGGGAGGAGGACAUGGAGCUCUACUCCUAUUUCCUGGACAGGAAGGAGGAGCUGCAACUAUCCCAUGCUGCCUACCUCCAGCAGCACCCCGAGGUCCGGGCACUGCUGUCUGAUUUCCUCCAGGCAUUGCUCCUCCAGCAGCCACAUGACACCAUCUCCUUUGCUGCGGAAUUCUUCGCCCACCAGCGGCCCAUUGGGACCCCCUUUGCCUCCACUGGGGCUGCCAGCCCCCUCCCCAGCUCCCCAGCUGGCCACCCUCCAGCUAACAGCAAAUAAAGCAGCCAGCACUGCCUGUCCAGUCUUGUUUGCUUUGGGGAAACUGAGGCUCAGGGAGGGCAGGUGGAGCUGAACUGUGUGCUGAAGC